CGGAACUGCAGCCACGUCGUCAAGGAGAGGCGGAACCGGUAGAAGCAGGAAGCGUCUCAUGACACUUCACUGCUGAACAUCCAGAAAACAAAACAUGAUGGCCCAGUUUCAGGAGGUAUCAAACCAGUCCACUCUGCACCCGAAGCCUUCAGGCUUGGUUCUGCAGUAUGGUACCGCUGGUUUCAGGACUAACGCCAAACACCUGGACCACAUCAUGUUCAGGAUGGGACUGCUCGCCACUCUGCGUUCCAAGAAGACCAAAGCCACCAUCGGAGUCAUGGUCACCGCGUCGCACAACCCUGAGGAGGACAACGGGGUGAAGCUGGUUGACCCAAUGGGGGAGAUGGUGACGCCGACAUGGGAGGGCUACGCCACCCAGCUGGCCAACGCUGAGCAGGAGGAUCUGCUCGCUGCACUGAAGGACAUCAUCGAGAAGGAGGCCAUAAACAUGAGCCAGGAGGCAAAUGUGUUUGUUGGCAAAGACACUAGGAGCAGCAGUGCCAGCCUCUCACAGGCAGUACUGGAUGGAGUCUCUGCACUCGGUGGCCACAGCAAAGACUACGGCUUGGUGACCACCCCACAGCUACACUACAUGGUCUGCUGUAAGAACACAAGCGGUAAAUACGGAGAAGCCACAGUGGAGGGAUACUAUAAGAAACUCUGCCAAGCCUUCAUUCAGCUCACAAAGAAUGCAUCCAACUGUACAGAUGACCAGAAGCACCUCUCAGUGGACGGCGCCAAUGGUAUUGGGGCUCUAAAGGUGCGGGAGAUGGAGAGUCACCUGAAGGGGGAGCUGCACAUAUCGCUGUUUAACGACGGGAGCACUGGAAAGCUCAACCACCAGUGUGGAGCUGACUUUGUCAAAGUGCAGCAGAAACCUCCAACAGGCAUUAAGAUGAACCCAGGGGAGCGCUGCUGUUCCUUCGACGGCGACGCCGACCGAAUCGUUUACUACUACGCUGACUCUGAAGGACACUUUCACCUGCUGGACGGAGAUAAAAUCGCCACUCUCAUCAGCACUUUCCUUAAAGAGCUGCUCACACAGGCUGGUCUAGACUUGAAGAUAGCAGUGGUGCAAACUGCUUAUGCUAACGGAAGCUCAACAAAGUACUUGGAAGACACCAUGAAGGUGAUAGUGAGGUGCACCAAAACUGGAGUGAAGCACCUUCAUCAUGCAGCCCAGGAGUUCGACAUUGGCGUGUACUUCGAGGCCAACGGUCACGGAACUGUGUUGUUCAGUAAAGCAGCUGAGGAGAAGAUCCAGCAGCUGGCUGAGAACUCCAGCACCAACGAGGAGAUGAAGAGAGCAGCUCUCCUGCUGCAGAACACCAUGAACGUCAUCAACCAGACUGUAGGUGAUGCCAUCUCCGACAUGCUGCUGAUCGAGGCCAUAAUGGCCAUUAAGGGUAUGACUGUCCAGCAGUGGGACGCCAUCUACAGCGACCUGCCAAACAGGCAGCUUAAAGUCAAGGUGUCGGACCGCAGGGUGAUAGACACGACAGACGCAGAGAGGCGAGCAGUGAGCCCGGCAGGACUGCAAGAGGCCAUCGACAGUCUGGUGAAGAAGUACAAACAGGCCCGCUCCUUUGUGAGACCCUCCGGCACAGAGGACGUGGUGAGAGUUUACGCCGAGGCAGAGACACAGGAGAGCGCCGAUGCCCUCGCACAUGAAGUCAGCCUCGCGGUGUAUCGUCUCGCAGGGGGAGUGGGGGACGAGCCCAAACCAUUGCACUAGAAACACUCAGAAUCACACUUUGACUAAUCAGUCGGUGCUUUUAGAACACAAUCCCAGCAGACGACAUCAAUCUCUGAAGUAAUUUAUCACAAUUGCUUCUUCACGGUGAGAUGUCAAAUUCUAUUGUACGGUUAAUUGCACUUGGUACUUCACUGUCAUUUUCUACUUCUUUAUAUUUGUCUGUCAGUGUGAGGAUGUGAUACAGCAGGGGGGAGACAAUGAAGGGAGUUUAUGACACUUUAAGUCAUGCUACUUAUGGCUUGUUAUUGCAUCUCAAACAGGCUCCCAUGUGCCUGUAUAUUAGGGGGUACUGUGUAACAUAAAUAAGCUACUUUACUGUCUUUAUGUCAUAAUUAAAACAUCAAUUGUCUUCGCACACACAUAAAGAAGGUUUUAAAGGAAUACGUCAUCCCGGAAAUGACUAUUUGUACAUCAGUUGCUUACCCCGUGUUAUGUUGAAUUUGUGAAGAAGGCUUCGAUUUUCUUGCAUGUCUUAAUGGUGAACGAAGGAACCAAAACCAGAGAAAAUUCUUAAUAAACUGAAGUCAUUGGGGUCCACGUUUAACAACAGCUAAACUAUAUCAAAACAUAUGUUUACAAACUCGUAUACUCAGUGCUUCACAAACAGAAAACCCUCUCUGACGGGGUACUCAACUAAAUGUGAAACUAAUCCACGCUCUCUUCAAAGCCAGACUCCAUUGACAAAAACAGCAGUUUUACCUCACUGAACACAGGAGCUGCUGGUCUACCUCUGCCUCCAUCUGUAGUAUGUUUGUGUUAUUGUGUGAGUUUGGUGAAUCCGAAAUAAUCCUUUAAAACACCAAAGUUUCACAAUAACAACAAGCAAGCUAACUGAUCAAGGUAGAGGUAGACUAGCAGCUCCUGUGUUCGGUGAGGUAAAAUUACUGUUUUUGUCAAUGGAGUCUGGUUUUGAAGAGAGGAUAGAUAAGUUUGACAUCAAGUUCAAUUCCCCGUCAGUUUGUAAACAGAUGUUUGAUAUAGUAUUGCUGUUGUUAAAUAUGGUCCUCUUUGACUUCAAUUCAUCAGGAAUUUUCUGAGUUUUGGAUUCUUCGCUCACCGUGGAGGCAUGUUAGAAAAACAAAGUUUUCUUUACAAAUUCAAUGUAACAUGGGGUGAGUAAUAGAUAUAUAAAAGAUCAUUUGGGUGGUGAAGUAUUCCUUUAAUGGUUUCAAUCAACUUCUCUUUUACCGUCUACGAAAUGGAAUCUUUUUUUAACCAGUUACUGUAAUUUCUUACUUUUUUGAAACAGUGAAAUCACAAGUUUACAUGAGGGGAGUUGUAGCAGUUGUUUUUCCCUUGAAUCUGUUGGAAAGCCUUUGCUGCUUUGGUUUGAAUAAAUAA